CCUGGUGGGCGGCCGGGCUGCCAGGUACAAAAGACGCACGAUGAGCGCCGUCAGCGACUCAGCAUUCGAGCUUGAUGCCUUUGCAAAACUUGCAAGCUCGGGCAGCGUCAGAGCUGCACUGGCGACCUGGCAUUUCCCAUGUCGCGCAGUGGCAAUGGCGGAAGCGGCGGCCGCCUUGACGACGACAGCAGCAGCGGCCGCGCCGGGUCGGGUGGCCUGCACUCCGAGUGGGACUGGGGCGUCAAGAUCACGCCCACGCCACACACCGGCGAAAUCGCCGCCGAGCCCUCGCUAGCCGUCAGCAACAGCAACGACAUCAACGGCGUCGACGACAAGACGGCUGCCGACGUGCGCCAGCCGGGUGCCAGCGAGCAACCCAAUAAGCAUGCACUUGAUGUGUCCGCGCUCCUGGAGGCAGCAGUAACCCGCAGGUCGGCCAGCUCGUCGCCGGUUCUAGAGAUUUCAUUGUGUGGAAUCGAGGCCUUGCAAGUGGCUGUCGAUGCGACUUACCAGCAGCGCAUAUUUGAUGGUGCACGCGUUCAGGCGCAGACAUUUGAAGCCGACCCCAUUGGUAUCAUCACCAACCCGAGCCUGGUCUUCCGCCAAGUCAACGGCGAGUAUGUGCAGGGCGAGGCUCUGGUCAUUGCGCUGGUGUCGCAGCUUGCCUUUGGUCUGCCCUUGGACCGCUGCUUGCAGUACCAGCAGAGUUCAGUCGCCGGCGGCUCUACCAGCACAGCCGCCGUCAUCACGCUGCCAGGGCUCGCGCAGCAGUCAUCGCAGCUUCGCGUCAGCGGCGCGUCGUCGCUUGAGCCGGCGGCAAUCAACGCUGCCAGCGCGUCAGCAGAGAGGAUUGUCGCCGAGAUCGACAGCAGCAGCCUGAACAUUGGCGAUGAGCUGUCCGCCAGCUCUGCCACGGCGGCAGCGGCCGCCACUUCUGCCGCGUCCUCAGCCGCCUCCACUGCCAGCAAGCCCGAGGGCCGGCGCUGGUGGCGAUGGGGCCAACGCACAGCGUCAACUGCCCAGCCCGACGCGGACAGCGCUGCAGGUUCGUAGCAAAGACUUUGGUUGCAGAGGGGGACCCCGCCGACGCCGUGGCCAUCAGAAUGCCGCUGCAGCCUGUCGAGGCCAUGACCCGUACUCCACGCACGACGGCAUGUCCUCGGCGGAUGAGGCCGGCGGCGCAU